CCGGGUCGCGGGAACGCAGAGAGUCAAGAAGCGCUGGCAUACUCCUACACAUACACACGUGUAAGCUAACAGAUUUUACACCCUGAGCUGUGUAUGUUUAUGUGUAAUUCCAGCACGUGGAAGACUGAGGUUGACUCUUCACCACACUGAACCAUUAGGAAAAAUCCUUGUGGUUAACAGCAGAGGCUUCAGAGUGUAACCAGUACUCAGGCCUAGAAAUUAUUUUAGAUGGCGACUGAUACGUCUCAAGGUGAACUCGUCCAUCCUAAGGCACUCCCACUUAUAGUAGGAGCUCAGCUGAUCCACGCGGACAAGUUAGGUGAGGUAGAAGAUAGCACCAUGCCAAUUCGUCGAGCUGUGAAUUCUACCCGGGAAACUCCUCCCAAAAGCAAGCUUGCUGAAGGGGAGGAAGAGAAACCAGAACCAGAUGUGAGUUCAGAGGAAUCUGUCUCCACUGUAGAAGAACAAGAGAAUGAAACUCCACCUGCUACAUCCAGUGAGACAGAACAGCCCAAAGGGGAACCUGAUAAUGAAGAGAAAGAAGAAAACAAGUCUUCAGAGGAAACCAAGAAGGAUGAGAAAGAUCAGUCUAAAGAAAAAGAGAAGAAAGUGAAAAAAACUAUACCUUCCUGGGCUACUCUUUCUGCCAGCCAGCUAGCCAGAGCACAGAAACAAACACCGAUGGCUUCAUCUCCACGUCCCAAGAUGGAUGCAAUCCUCACAGAAGCCAUUAAGGCAUGCUUCCAGAAGAGUGGUGCAUCAGUGGUCGCUAUUCGAAAGUAUAUCAUUCAUAAGUACCCUUCUCUAGAGCUGGAGAGAAGAGGCUAUCUCCUCAAACAAGCCCUGAAAAGAGAAUUAAACAGAGGAGUCAUCAAGCAGGUAAAAGGAAAAGGUGCGUCUGGAAGUUUUGUUGUGGUGCAAAAAUCAAGAAAAACACCUCAGAAAUCUAGAGACAGAAAGAAGAAGAGCUCUGCAUUGGAUCCAGAACCACAAGUGAAAUUGGAGGAUAUUCUCCCACUGGCUUUUACUCGUCUCUGUGAGCCUAAAGAAGCUUCCUACAGCCUUAUCAGGAGAUAUGUGUCUCAGUAUUACCCGAAGCUGAGAGUGGACAUCAGGCCCCAGCUGUUGAAGAAUGCUUUGCAGAGAGCAGUAGAGAGAGGCCAAUUAGAGCAAAUAACUGGGAAAGGUGCUUCAGGGACAUUCCAGCUGAAGAAAUCGGGGGAGAAGCCCCUGCUUGGUGGAAGCCUGAUGGAAUAUGCAAUCUUGUCUGCCAUUGCUGCCAUGAAUGAGCCAAAGACCUGCUCCACCACUGCCCUGAAGAAGUACGUCCUGGAGAACCACCCAGGGACCAAUUCUAACUAUCAAAUGCAUUUGCUGAAAAAAACUCUGCAGAAAUGUGAAAAAAAUGGGUGGAUGGAGCAGAUUUCUGGUAAAGGAUUCAGUGGCACCUUCCAGCUCUGUUUUCCCUAUUAUCCCAGCCCAGGAGUUCUAUUUCCAAAGAAAGAGUCAGAUGAUUCUGAGGAUGAGGAUGAGGAUGAAGAUGAAGAUGAAGAUGAAGAUGAAUCAUCCGAAGAAGAUUCUGGAGAUGAAGAACCUCCACCUAAGAGAAGGUUGCAAAAGAAAGCCCCAGCUAAGUCCCCAGGGAAGGCUGCGUCCAUGAAGCAGAGGGGGUCCAAGCCUGCACCCAAAGUCUCCAUUGCCCAGCGGGGGAAAGCUAGACCUCUACCUAAGAAAGCCCCUCCUAGGGCCAAAACUCCUGCCAAGAAAGCCAGAUCCUCAUCCUCAGUCAUCAAGAAACCUAGCAGCAGCUCUUCAAGAAAGCCUGUAGCCAGUGCAAGGAAGGAAGUAAAAUUACCUGGCAAGGGGAAAUCUACCUUGAAGAAGUCUUUCAAGGCAAAAAAGUAAAGCUUUUAGGAAAAAAGGGGUAUCAUGAUUGAAUUCAGAAUCUUAUUUUAUAAGGUCAGUGUGCAUUUGUUUUAGUUAUGAUGCUUUUAAAAUUCCUUUUUUCCCUCCCAUGUGAACAUUGUGGGAGGGAAUAUAAAUAAAGCAGUGUAGACAUCUGUUAGCUUUAAGUGCUAUUCUCGGUGCCUGCCCCUUCCCUCCAUCAUUUUAAUUUCUGCAGUAAUCCUGGACUUCCCUAAACUAUGUAAUCUAUACUUGGCCUUUUGCUAUUCUUACCCAAGCCCCCAUUCUUUCUCUUUAUGAUUUGACUUUUUUUCCUUCCAGUUUUAUCUAAACAGUUGCAAAGAUUUUUAUAUUUGUAGUUAGCAUCAAGAACAGGAUGUCGGUCAGGUGCUGCAAGUAAAAAGGGGCAGUUUAGCACUGACUGAAUUGUAAAGCCUCCUGUCUGGGGACUUCAGUUAUAGCUAUAAUAAUUAACUGUAUUUAUAAAAAUCACUCCACUAAUCCUUUCUUUCCAAUUUAAACAAGGAAGCAUUCAAGCUUUGGUAAAGCCCUAAACAUUACCACCUAUUAGAUUCUGAAGACACAUAACUCCUUUGGGCCACUUUUCUCUUGAUCAGCUUGUUGAGUAUUUUUCUCUUGUCCAGAGCAUUGCAGUGCAUUCCCUUAACUGUGGCACAGCUUCUCUGCACCACUUGGCUUUGACUGAGGGCGGGGCACAGGGAUAUGUGGAAAGUGAUUUCUAAUACUUAAAUAUAUUUUUAAAUAUUUGGGGCAUGACUUGUCAAUUCCUGUUUGAUUUUUUUAACUAAGGAAAUGUUGGAAAGGUAUCAAUGCUAAUAUAGAAAUAUUAAGUGGAAAAACACAGUUUGGUAAAAUAAAGUAGAUUUCAGGUUCACCUAUGGGUUUUUCCCUCUUUUCUUUCGAUAGCACUUUUGAUAUGAGGUGACUUCCUUUUUGAGAUACUAACAAAAAGAAAAGAGAGAGAAGGAAAAAUAAAAGCAAAUACAGCCCUACUACCUAUCCCAUCUUUAUUUGUAUUUGUUUUAGUAUUGUGACGUUGUGUAUAAUAGCAUUAGCUUUCUACUUGAGAAUACCAAUUUCUUGCUAUCAUUUAUUCUUCCCUGUGGCACUUAACAUUUUAAUUGUCUUAAAGAUUUGGUGUGUCUUCUGGCCCCUUAAGUGCUGCCAGAGGCAAAAGGUGUUGUUUUACAGUCAUUCCACUUGCAUUGUCCCCCGGGAUCUUUGUAGCUUAAGGAUGGCUGAGAAAUGGACUCAAAAUUGGCGCGAAUUAGAUCCUAAUCAUUUGUGAUCCCGUCAUGAGUCCAUUGGGAUUUGUGUUGCAUGUAAGGCAAUCUUUCCUGUUGUAAAUCUUCCUUUUUUUAAUGUACAUAUAUUUUGAAAAAUAUAAAUAAACAUGGAAUUUUAAAAGCU